AUGUUUCUGAGCUUUUGCCUCUUGGUGACAUUUAUCUUGGGGCUGUCGGGGUGCUUGGGCUCGUACGUUCCGUGCGAGCCGUGCGACGAGAAGGCGCUCUCCAUGUGCCCCCCGGUGCCGGUCGGGUGCCAGGUGGUCAAGGAGCCCGGCUGCGGCUGCUGCCUGACGUGCGCGCUGUCCGAGGGCGCGGCGUGCGGCGUGUACACGGGGACGUGCACCCAGGGCCUCCGGUGCCUGCCCCGGAGCGGGGAGGAGAAGCCCCUGCACGCGCUCCUCCACGGCAGGGGAGUGUGCACCAACGAGAAAGGAUACAAGCCCGCGCCCUCACCCGUAGAUCGUGAGUCUCGGGAGCACGAGGAUGCCAUCAGUCCGGAGGCCACGGGGGACAUCCAUCAGGCCAAGGUGCCGCGCCAUCACAAAGACAUUGUGAACAGUAAAAAAGUCAUCGCGGUGCAAAAGGAGAAAAAGAGGUUGCUCGGCAAGCAGCGUUCGUUGGGCUCUACUAUGGACUACUCCCCUCUAUCUGUGGACAAGCACGAGCCGGAGUUUGGUCCCUGCAGGAGGAAGCUAGACGGGAUCAUCCAGGGCAUGAAGGACACGUCCCGUGUAAUGGCUCUGUCUCUAUACCUUCCCAACUGUGACAGAAAAGGCUUCUUCAAACGCAAGCAGUGCAAGCCGUCACGUGGUCGCAAAAGAGGCAUUUGCUGGUGUGUGGACAAGUAUGGCGUCCAGCUACCGGGCACAGACUACAGUGGAGGAGACAUUCAGUGUAAAGACCUGGAGAGCAGCAACAACGAAUGA